AUGCACCGUCUGUGCGAUUUGGUCUUCAGUAACUUCACCAUGACGGCAGUGGUGAACGACUCCUUCAAGGCCUUCUCUGGCGCCCCUCAGGGCAGCGGCUACGCUGCCGGCUUCACCUACAAAUGGCAGGCCCUCAGCGACACCUGCGGUGGCGUUAUGAUCAAGUCGCCGACAUUAAUGAGCACGCAGAUGGUGCUAGAAGACGUCGGCACCUCCACGUUGAAGCUGUGCGUGUCAGAUGGUGAGAUCGCCCGUGAGACCAUCCUGUCGCUCAGUGCCUCAGCAAGCACACCCCAGCUGAUCAGGCAGCCAUCUACUUCCACCAUCCAGGUUCCUGCUGGGACGGUGGACUUUGCCAUUUCCGUGGAGGGUUCUAGCUUGCCGCCGCCGUCGUACCAGUGGCAACAGUUGGUCAACGUAACCGUCAACCGGACGUCAGACGUGGGCAACCUCACGACGCGUGGUGUUGAUUACCAUUCCAGCUAUUUGGCCACUCCGCAAAAAGACUCACUCAUCUUCCAGGAAGAGUCGCUGGGCAUGCGCACAGCGAUGUUUGCGUCAAGAGGCUUGAUGAUGGCACGAGAGGAGGUUGAAGUUGAGGCACGUAGCGCACCUGCUCAGACCAUCUUUUCUGUGUUCACUUACGGAGAAAAACAGGAGUUCCGCUCGAUUCCGGGGGCCACCUACGGCACGUUACUUGUCAACGGCACGGAAGAGUGGGACGGGUCCGUCAUCCGGUGUCUGGUCUACACCACCGGAGGCGGCACGUUCACCAACAACUUCACCGUUGUGAUCAGUGAAGCCAUUCCUUCCUCCACUGGAGGAGACUCAGAUGCGGCGCUUAUCGGAGGCAUUGUCGGAGGCGUGGGAGGAGGCCUGCUCUUGUGCCUCUUGCUGCUUCUGGUUAUCGCCGUCGUGUUGAUGGCCACUCGGCGGCGGAGAGCAACAGCCUAUCGCAAGCUCAAGCAGCCAGACUAUGAAGAGGUGGCGUUCGGCGAUGUCAAGGGCGAUGUCACCCUGCCCAAGAAGCAGGCCGAGGGCUACCGGCAACUGGAACAGCUGCUGGCCAAUCCCGACCACCGGCUUGCGCUUGCCAUCUGCGAGGUCGCCAGCAUCGGCGAACGAGAUGCGAUGUACCGGGCGCUGCUGCGAGUGCUGGCAGGCCAGUUCCAGGCCUACAACCUCAUCGCGCGCACCAUCAAACUCGAGGUGGCAUCGGCCGACGAGGAGGGCACGCUGUUCCGGUCCAACAGCGCGGCGGCCAAGCUCUUCACCCUCUACAUGCGCAUGAUUGGGCUCAAAUAUCUGUUUCACGUGCUUGUGCUGUCGGUCCGCUCGCUUCACGACAACGCUGUCGACACCAACGCCGCCAGUCGAAACAAUCAAGGGGCACCAUCAGCGUCAUCAUCAAGUUCCCGCAUCUUUGGGCACACGUAUCGAAUCGAUCGGGAUGACGCUGACGGCGAAGAGAGCAGUGCCGUGUCGAUGGACAUCCUGGGCGCGUCAUCAAUGGAGCUCGACCCUCAGAAACUGGACGAGGCGUCGGACCUGGACAUCAACACGCUCGAGCUCUGGCUCACCGCUCAGAAGAUGUUCAAACUCAUCAUGCAGAGCGAGAAGAUCCUGCCGCAGGAGCUGCGCCUGCUCAUCCGCCGCAUUCACGAUGACGUGGCGGAGAAGUUCAGCGACGAGGCCGUGUUCAGGGCCAUGGGCGGUUCUUCUUCCUUCGCCUCAUCUGUCCGGCACUUCUUGCGCCCCAGCUGCACGGCCUUCUCGACGAGCCACCUCACCCCGUACCUUCAACUUCCUGCGCGACAGAUGGCGCAGCGGCAGCUGAUUCUGGUGACCAAGGUGCUCCAGAACCUGGCCAACGACACCCUGCCCGGCGCCAAGGAGGCAUACAUGGAGCGGCUCAACGCGUUCAUCGUGUCCAAUAAGCCCGCCCUCGGUCGCUUCUACGAUCAGAUCGUAGACCACCCCGACCACGGCAAGCUCACUGACCUCACUGUGCCGGCACGAGUGCGCAACGACGCACUCAUCAAGCUGCGGGCGUUUUUGGAGGCCAACCUGGCCGGCGUGGAGGCCCGCCUUCGCGACCAGGGCGAUGACGACGAGGGUGAUGAUGUGGUGCAAGAGCUGCGCGACAUUCUGGACAAGGAACCGGUGUCGCCGAUUGAGCGAGUAUGA